GCUAAACCCCGCCCCUAAUGGUGUCACACCACUAGUGCUCCGGCUAGAUCCUUCUGCUGAAGUUCACCGAUGCCCGGCGUCGAACAGAGGAAGGUCCACGAUGAGCGCCCGAGUUCUGGUCGGAGUUAAACGGGUCAUUGAUUAUGCUGUCAAGAUCCGGGUCAAGCCGGACCACACAGGAGUGGUUACAGACGGCGUCAAGCAUUCGAUGAACCCCUUCUGUGAGAUCGCAGUGGAGGAGGCCGUCAGACUCAAGGAGAAGAAGCUUGUGAAGGAGAUCGUGGCCGUCAGCUGUGGUCCUCAGCAGGUUCAGGAGACAAUCCGGACUGCCCUGGCCAUGGGUGCGGACCGCGGGAUACAUGUGGAAGUGUCUGGGAAAGACUACGAGACGCUUGGUCCCCUGCAGGUCUCCAAGAUAAUGGCUGCUCUCGCUAAGAAAGAGGAAGCCGAUCUGAUCAUUCUGGGUAAACAGGCCAUAGAUGAUGACUGCAAUCAAACUGGACAGAUGACGGCAGCUCUAUUGGACUGGCCGCAGGGAACGUUUGCAUCUGAGUUGACCUUAGAAGGAGGCAAGCUGAAGGUGGUGAGAGAAAUUGAUGGUGGAUUGGAGACCAUUAUGAUCAAUAUGCCAGCCGUUGUGACCGCUGACCUCCGUCUCAACACUCCCAGAUACGCCACGCUGCCCAACAUCAUGAAAGCGAAGAAAAAGAAGAUUGCGAAUGUGAAGCCUGCAGACCUGGGGGUGGAUGUGAGCUCACGGUUGGAGGUGCUCAAUGUGGACGAACCUGCUCAGAGACUCGCCGGAGUGAAAGUGGAGACCGUCGAGGAUCUGGUGGGAAAACUGAAGGAGGCUGGAAGAGUAUAGAGGAAGUAGAUGCAGUGCAGACUAACACUGAAGGUCUUUUAUAACUGGUGAUGGAGCAAACUACUGUUGAUCAAACUCUGAGGCCAGUAAAGUCUGCAUCGGCCCCCGUCACAAAUCCAGACCAGACCCAUGUAGUUUAUAUUGUAUCUGUGUUUUUGACUCUUAUGUUCUUGUGAAUGCUGAGAGACACUGAUCCAUCAACGCCCAUCCGUCCCAGCGAGGGCUCACCAGUUCUUCUGUGCAUUAUAAGAAACAGGACAUCAAUAUAUAGGGAACACUUUUGAAUGCACUAAUAAGCCAUUAUAUUUGUUUCAUUGAUAUGUUGAGUCAAAAUCAGAACUGUCUGUGCUUCCUGAAAUUAAUUGUGUAAUGAAAAACUGUAGUUUGAAUGAGGCUUAGAGUUU